AAAAAGAUGGCGAUGGAGUCAGUUUGCGGUUGAAGCACUGGCGGCGGGAGAAUCUCUUCUGUUUUCCAAUGUUCGGGCCAGAAUUACAUCACAGUUUAUACCAGUAGAUAUGGGUGAGAUAUAUACAGUGACCGCUGAGACUCCUACAUCUUCAUAUGCUCGAAUUCCAGCGGUACUUAUUCAUGGAUUUGCUGGUGGUGUAGCCUUAUGGGCUGCUAAUAUUGAUGAUAUGGCGAAAAAACGGUUGCUUCAUUGCUUCGAUUUAUUAGGUUUUGGGCGUUCAUCGCGUCCUGCAUUUGCCAAGGACCCAACAUUAGCUGAACUGCAAUUUGUUCAGUCAAUCGAAAAUUGGAGAAAAGGAAUGGGAAUUAACAAAAUGAUUUUAGUUGGCCAUUCCUUCGGUGCGUUUCUGGCGGCGUCUUUUGCGCUAGAACAUCCUGAACGCGUGAGACAUUUAGUUCUGGUUGAUCCAUGGGGAUUUCCGGAGAAACCUGUGGAGAUUGCGCAACAACAAAAUUAUCCAUUUUGGAUUAGAGUUGUUGCACGGGCGAUGUCGCUUUUUUAUCCUUUGACAGCUUUACGCUGGGCAGGGCCAUAUGGUGUUUCGAUGAUUAAAACCUUUCGACCUGAUUUAAGUCUUCGUUUUCCUUGUGUUGAUCCGAACGCUAUUUAUGAAUACUUCUAUCAGUGCAAUGCCCAAAACCCUUCCGGAGAAGUUGCCUUCACUAAUAUGAGUUUUUCGUUCGGUUGGGCUAAAAGACCAAUGCUUAAAAGAAUAAUCGAUCUAUCACCUGACGUGCCGUUGACAUUCAUUUAUGGGAGUAGAAGUUGGAUUGAUUCAUCUUCGGGUAUUGAAGUGCAAAAUGAGAGGCAAAAUGCUUAUGUUAACGUUCAGGUUAUAAACGGUGCUGGUCAUCACGUUUUCGUUGAUCAGAAGGAGGUUUUUAACAACAUAAUGUCUGACUUAUUUGACAAAAUUGAUGCUGAUGAAGAUGUCUUCCUCAGAAAAGAUGCAGGAAAGAAAAGCGAAUCAAAAUGA